UUCAUUGUUGAUUUACUGUUGUAUUUGUUAUGGGCUAAUAAUUGACAUAAAAGGAGUUCAAACCUUAUAGUUUCCAGUGGAAUGAAUGAAUGAUGCAUAAUGAAGACUGCAAUAAUACUUAAUUGUAUGUUGGGUUCUUUAUGCAGGCUCAGGUGAAAGUGCUUUGUGUUGAGAAGGAUAAUAUUGAGAAGGGCAUAGUGGACUUCAUCUCUGAGCAUGGUAUCAAGAAGCUUGUUAUGGGAGCAGCUGCUUGCAGACAUUACUCAAGGGGAAUGACAGAGGUCAAGUCCAAGAAAGCUAUGUAUGUGUGUGAACAAGCACCUCCAUUCUGUCAGAUCUGGUUUAUAUGCAAAGGGGAUCAUAUUUAUACAAGUUUAUUGUGAUAAAUUUCAUUGUUUCUUAGCUCCAUAACCCAAAAGCAUCUACCAUAUCUGUACA